AAUCCAACUAAAGGGAAGAUAAUCCAAAAUGGACGUGUGCAGGUGGCAGAUUUCUUGGAUAAUUGGGCUUUUCUUGUUUUUAUCAGACGUAAUUGGUGAUUUCGACAGGAGAGAUUAUUUGAAGAGAGAACACACUCUUGUUAAACCAUACUCCGGAUCAGGAUUUUCUGUGCCAUUAUGGGACUUUGUAGGAACUACUAUGGUUACAAAUAAUUAUGUACGAUUAACACCAGAUUAUCAAAGUAGACAAGGAGGAAUAUGGAAUACUAUGCCAUUAAUGGUAAAAAACUGGGAAUUACAUGUCCAUUUUAAAGUGCAUGGGAGUGGAAAGAACCUGUUUGGAGAUGGUUUUGCAGUAUGGUAUGCAAGAGACAGAAAUCAAUUAGGUCCAGUAUUUGGAAAUAAGGAUUUUUUUGUUGGACUAGGAAUUUUCUUGGAUACAUACAGCAACCACAAUGGACCUCACAAUCAUGAGCACCCAUACAUUUCUGCCAUGGUGAACAAUGGGACAUUACAUUAUGACCACGAUCGGGACGGCACACACACGGAGAUAGCUGGCUGCGAGGCGAAAUUCCGCAAUAAAGAUUACGACACCUACGUUGCCAUCCGAUAUCAAGAUGAAACACUGAAGGUUUCCACAGAUAUAGACAAUGAAAACAAAUGGAAGGAAUGUUUUGUUGUCAAUGGAGUCAAACUUCCAACAGGGUAUUAUAUUGGUGCUUUAAUUUCUACAUAUAUGUUUAUAUAUUUUCCUUCUUUUUCAGAUAAUCAUGAUAUUAUUUCUAUGAAAUUAUAUGAAUUGGAAUCUUUAAAAAAGGAAGAUUCUUCGGAUUACACAGGGCUGCCUUCUGCUCAGUUCUUUGCCUCCCCCAGAGAUCAUGUGGAGGAUCCAAAAGGUGGCUUCAUGUCGGGCAGUAUGUCUGGGUGGAAAGUGUUUAUCAUCAUCAUCAUAGCGAUCAUCGGCCUGGCUGUCUGUGGGGUGGUGGGAUAUGUUGUAUUCAAUAAAGAUUCCGGCUUCAAUAGCAAACGAUUCUACUGAUUUCCUCCUCUGAUUGGGGGAGAAAAUUCUAAGUGCAUUAUCUUGAACUCUUUAUUCAAGACAUCAGUCAGUUUUCAUUUUGCAGCAUGUUUACAACUCUUAGUUGAUGAAAUACAUUAAUAUUGUUUCUUUAUGCAACAAAAAAUUAAUAAUAUGUACAUUUUUAUUUUAGGGGCUCUUUUGGUUUUCAAAAUUAAAGAUUUUAAUAGUAAACAUUCCAUACUGAUUACAGUUGUCAAACAAUUUUUGUGUAAGCAUAACAUGUUUUCAGAAAUUUUAUGCAGUAGUUUUGUAAACUUGCAAGGAAAAAUUGUUUUAACAAAAUGUUUCUCUGAUCUACAAGUUUCAUUUUUAAAUGUAUUUUAUGUUUGGUAGUUGUGUCUCUAUUAUGAUCCUGGAAAUCCUUUUGACAAACUUUAUUAAUAUGAUGAGCUGCACAAUUUUUUAUGCAAGAUGGCACAAUUUUUAUGUGCAAGAUGUGAAAUUAAGGCCAUUCUGGUGUGAUCAUUUGAAAGUGUAAAAUUUUUGCAACAAAGCAUUUUUUUUUUAAAUUUUAAGUCACAAAUUAAUGCUAUUCAUAUUUGAUUAAUAUACAAUUUAAAGAAGUUACAAAACUCAAUCAAAAUGCAUGUACAUUGUUUUUCAAAGUAUGAAGUCUGUAGAAAUCUUAAGCUACAUAUACGUACAUGUACAGAAAUAUUUAUACAUGUACUUGAUAAAUGCUGUUUAAUGAAGAACCCAUCCAUUUGAGUGAUUUUUUUUUCAUUAAACUCGUAUUUUAGAUAGCUUUACACAUUUUCAAUUCUGUUUAAAUGGAAAUUAAGGAAAGCAUGGGUACUUCAUUCAUUUGGCAAUAAUAAACUGAAAAGAUUGUAAUCAUUGAACCAUAUUUAUACUGUACUGUACAUUUAUAAAACAUUUAUGUUUGACUGCAAAUCAUAAAUGAUAAUUAAAAGCUCUCCAUCUACAAAGUGAAAGCAGUACAUAAUUGACAUGGAUCUUCAUUAUGUCACUUGAUUGUUCAAAUCUUGGCACAUGCAAAGUUGCCAAUUUGAAGCAUGCUGCAAGAUUGCAAAAAAAAAGUCCCCAAGUUUAUCUAAAUUUGAUCAUUAGUAAAUGUGAAUGCACCUCUCGCGAUGGGAGAAUUUGUUCAGUUUUUGGUAAAACAAUUAUUAGUUGGAAUUAAUUUGUGGGAUGCAGAAGCUCUUUUACUUAGAUAGUCUUAGCCAGAAAAUGACUGGUUGACAAAAGGGUGUUUUCUCCAAUUUCGUUCUGCUUUCAAUGUUUAUUUUAUAAAUUCUGCUCUCAAAAGAAUAAACAUGUUUGGUUGUAUAGUUAAGCAUUGUUUUUGAUACCUAUGUUAUGAUGUACAUGUAUGUAUAGUACCUGCAUAUACUUGUUAAUAUCACAUCAGUACACAUACUAUUCAAUCUUUUGCCAAUGUAUUUGUAAAAUCAUUAUAAACUUUUUAUAGCAAAAAUACAGGUAAAGAGUAUGUUACAUAUAUUAAUAAUAUUUAUUGAGGAGUGAAAAUUUUUGUGGUUUAAUACAAAAUCAACAUUACUAUGUAUGCUGUUAUGUACAUGUAUGUACCAGUACAUUUAUACUUGUAUUAUGCAUGUUUGCUACACAAUGAGUUGGAAAACUUGAAAAAAUGAAUAUACAUAUGUACUAUUUACAUCCUAAUACAUUAUCUUUUCUAAUGGUGCAUGCCUGAAAAGUUAAAAACUUGUAUGAAUUAGGUGAAUUUGAUUUUGAUGAUGUAUAAAUGUGGGAAUAAGGGACAAUGGAUAAAUGAGUGUCAAAUGUUGUAGUUUUCUACCGGUUUAAAAAAAUGAAUGAAAGUAUGAAUUAAUCAUAUUGAUUGUGGGAGAAAAAUUUGAUGAAUAAAUCUGAUUGUUUUA